GAUGGCGUCUGUUGGGAGUCGAGCCGCUGGUAAACUUUCUUUAGGACAGCGACUUUUUUCUGCUUUUCAGGACUGGUAUAUCUAUGCUGCUGGUUAUAGACAGAUAGGUCUGCGGAGAGAAGAUCUUUUAUCAGAUGACGAUCCUGAUGUUGUGGAAGCUCUUAAGAGAAUACCAGAUGAUGAAUUGAACAUGAGGAACUUUAGGGUCAAGAGAGCUAUUGAUGCAACUAUGAAACAAAGAUUACUUCCUCAAGAGCUCUGGACAAAACCAAGUGAGGAUGUGACAUACCUUGAUAUUGUCAUUGAACAAGUGAAGAAAGAACGYAUGGAGAGAGAAUUAUUUGACAAGCAAUGACAGCUGCAGCAUUUUUUYGCAUAUUAUUUAACAUGAUUAAAAAGAGCAUUGAAUUUUCACUGGUAUCAAACUGAACUGAAUUGUUUCGUGGUAUUUCAGUCAAUAACUAUUAUGUAAAUCCACCUCUGGAGUGUUUUUGUGAAAUUUGAAAUAAAGUGUUGGAAUUUAUAA